CUGGGGCCGUUUCCUCGGGUCGCCGCCGGCCUGCGACCACCUGCACAAGAACGAGAGCGUCCUGAAGGCCAAGGCGGUGGUGGCCUUCCACCGCGGGAACUUCCGCGAGCUCUACAAGAUCCUGGAGAGCCACCAGUUCUCCCCCCACAACCACCCCAAGCUGCAGCAGCUCUGGCUGAAGGCUCACUACGUGGAAGCCGAGAAACUGCGGGGCAGACCCUUGGGCGCCGUCGGCAAAUACCGCGUCCGCCGAAAAUUCCCUUUGCCCCGCACCAUCUGGGACGGCGAGGAAACCAGUUACUGCUUCAAGGAGAAGGGGAGAGGUAUCCUACGAUGGGCAUAAGCACAGCGCCCAUCCCCGGCGCCUCCUGCCCGCCGUAACAUCCCCGUUGUGGGGUUUUUUUGUUUGUUUGUUUUUUGAUUUCUUUUCUGCAGGGAGAACACGGAAAACAACAACGCAGCCACCAACAAACCGAACCAACUCUCGCCUCUGGAUGGGAGCAAACCCCUCAUGUCCAGCUCCGAGGAAGAAUUUUCUCCUCCCCAAAGCCCGGAUCAGAACUCGGUCCUGCUCUUGCAGGGGAACCUCAGCCACGCCAGGAGCUCCGGAUACUCCCUGAGCGGCUUAGCCGCAUCCCAGACCCCUCACAGCCUCCAAGGCCACCAGCUCCAGGACUCGUUGCUGGGACCCCUCACGUCCAGCCUGGUGGAUCUGGGAUCCUAA